CAUCACCAACCUAUAUAUAUGUAUAUGUUCAUGAUAUUUUCCUAAAUAUUUAAUGUCCUGCACAUGAGCGAGGCUAAACGAGGACCCCUCUGUCACUCUGCCCUCAUCUGCGUGUCAUCAGACUCGCUUCCUAUAGACUGCGUUAGAGACGUGGACCAGCAGAUGAGACUCCAGGCUGAUCCCAGGCCUGCUCACAUCGCGCGAGCGGACGUGCGUCGCAUAGGCUAGAGACGCUGCCGUGCGAGCAGAGACCCGCACAGGCGCUCCCACCUCUGCGCGCCUCAGAGCCCGCACUUGGCUCCAGACAUGAUCGCCCUUUUUCUGUGCUCUAUAUAGGUGAGGUGUCUGGGUUUUUAUUUUUUUUUAUUUAUUUUUUUUAGCUGCUGCUGAGGCUCCUGGAUGCGUAAUCGCGCCAUGCUUCCGCUCAGCCCCGUCUGUUUUUUUCCCUCCUCAAGACGAUCGGGAGACCUCCGCCAUCGGUGCGGAAUUGAGAUGCGUUUUGUGAGCCGCUCCGUCUGCUGAGAUGGUGGGCUGCCUCCGCCCGGCAGAGAAGGGGGCGACGGACAGGGAUGCUUCCGGCACCGGACACUCGUGAGAUGAAGGACAAGAAGAGGAAGAAGAAACGCUGAAUGCCUUUUUGGGUUUGUUUGUUUGUUUGUUUGUUUUUUCGGUGGGGAUCGCGGCGCACCGUCGGGAUGGACGCGAGCCGACGUUGAACGGAUGCUUCUGGGUGGAAUUUGCUCCUGAGUGGUUUUUGUAUUAAAAGAGGAGGGGGCGGCGGGGUCGUCUUGAUUUCUUUUUUUCUUUCUUUCUUUCUUUUUUCGGUGUGCUUUUCCCUCCCCCCAUUCAGCCCCGGCAGGAUACUAGCGCUCGUCGAUGAAUUGAUGUGGGGAUACACACGACCUCGGCUGCGCAGAUGGCGAACACCAGUGAGUUUGGGGGGAGCAGCCCGUCCUUACAGAACUAUGCGUCCGCGGCCUCUGCGGUCAAGCUGGCCUCCCUGGGUCUGAUCAUGGGCAUCAGCCUGCUGGGCAACGCGUCGCUGUCGCUGCUGCUGCUGAAGGACAGCUCGCUGCACAAGGCUCCCUACUUCUUCCUCCUGGACCUGUGCCUGGCGGACGUGGUGCGCUCCGCCGUCUGCUUCCCCUUCGUGAUGGCAUCGAUCGGCGGCGGCUCCGCCUGGCCGUACAGCGCGCUCAGCUGCAAGAUCGUCGCCUUCAUGUCGGUGCUCUUCUGCUUCCACGUCGCCUUCCUGCUCUUCUGCGUCAGCGUCACCCGCUACAUGGCGAUCGCCCACCACAGGUUCUAUUACAAGCGGAUGAACCUGUGUACGUGCAUGGCGGUGAUCUGCAUGGUGUGGACCCUCUCCGUGGCCAUGGCGUUCCCGCCGGUGUUCGACGUGGGCACCUACAAGUUCAUCCGCGAGGAGGAGCAGUGCACCUUCGAGCACCGCUACGUGAAGGCGAACGACACCCUGGGCUUCAUGCUGAUGCUGGCCGUCAUCGUGGGGACCACCCAUGUGGUUUACGUCAAGAUGCUGUGCUUCGUUUACGACCACCGCAAGAUGAAGCCGGCCCAGCUGGUCCCGGCCAUCAGCCAGAACUGGACCUUCCACGGCCCCGGAGCCACGGGGCAGGCCGCCGCCAACUGGAUCGCCGGCUUCGGCCGCGGACCCACCCCGCCUACGCUGGUGGGCAUCCGGCAGGCUUCUCACCUCGGCAACAGGAGGCUGCUGGUGCUGGACGAGUUCAAGAUGGAGAAGCGGAUCGGCAAGAUGUACUACAUGAUCACGCUGACCUUCCUGGUCUUGUGGGCUCCGUACAUAAGCGCCUGCUACCUGAGAAUAUUCGUGCGGGGGGCCCCGAUCCCGCAGCUCUACCUGACCGCCGCGGUGUGGAUGAGCUUCGCCCAGGCGGGAGCGAACCCCAUCAUCAGCUUCAUGUUCAACAAGGAGCUCCGGGUGCGCCUCAGAGCCUGUUUCCCCUGCUGCCUGGGCACACAGACACCCAUGGAGCCAUACUGUGUCAUCUGAAGCCUGACACACUGCCAAAGACACAUCACACGUUGCUCCAGAAUGUACACAGACGUUGCGGCGGCGUGGAGCGCGUCACUUUUUAAUUUGGUGUGGUGCGGUGUGGAUCCGACUAUAUUUUGCCCAUCAGAAUCAGAACCAGACUAAUUAAAGCAACCGAGGGUAGACGUGUCACAGUCCACAUGCCACCCUCUGAUUCUCACCUCUGCAUGUACUGUAGGUGACAUUCACUCCAAAUACAGGGCAGGACAGUCAGGUGUCAUGUCAUCAGGGGACAGUUUUUUAAAGGUGCACUAUGUAGUUUUGGGAGAAGAAAUGGAAAUCAGAAGAGAAAGAUUUUAUUUUCAUGUUUAAACAAACAAGCUCUCUUUCUGUCAUGACAGAAUGAACAGGCUGACCUUAAAGAACAUCGCGGUCCCCUGCUGUUUUGCUUUGUUUAUAUUUGGCGGACCCCGCCACCUUUUCUAGCUUCAAAUACUUACUGUCCUCCGAGGACAGCUUGUUUACUCGGUUGUGGAAAAGAUACAUGUUUCUGAGUUUUGUAUCAUUGCCUCAUUAACACUUGAUUAUGAUCCUUAGUUUGAAUUUCUUCUCCAAAGCUACAUAUUGUCCCUUUAACGCCCCCCAUCGAGUCCAACAACCUUUUUUUUUGUUUGGUUCGACUGCAGCGUUGCACCUGAAUGUCACUUUGGCUAUUUGUUUGUAUAUUUAGAAAAAAUGACAUCCCAGCACGCCCGCUUGAGGUCGUUUUGCCUUUUGCAAAAGAAAAAAAAACCUGACAGCUGGAACACAGCAGGACUAAUUUUAUCAGCCGACUGGCGUCAGUUUUUUCUCCAGCGUCCGUGACACGCUCGGUUUCUAAUCGUUUGGAUACCACAAAUGAGACUCAGAUCUCUCAAAUAUAUUUUUAAUGAGGACGUCACGUUUGUAAAUACUGUAAAGCCCCCCUCUCCCUCUUUCCUCUGGCUGUUUUUUUUUUUUUUUAAACCAAAUAAGCUGUAUAUUUCAUAAUCUCUUUAGGACUCUCUGUGUUGAAAAAAGGUGUUGAAACUCACUUUAAAGGUAUUUUGCAAAAUUCUUCUGGUUUUUUUUUCAUGGGUCUGCUGCGUUGUGAAUCGGGUCGAUCUACGUUUCCCUGCAGGAUAUACAGACAUCUUUCUUUUUCUAUAUGGACAUCGGGACUCUGAAAAUAUCAUUUGGUGCUUUGGAAAGGAUGUUUGCAUUGUUUGUAUUUCUUAGCAAAUAAAUGAGAAAUGGAUGAUA